UGCCGAAUCAAUGCUUAGGUCAGAUUCCACCAAAUUUUUUAUACCAUCAACAAGAAAUAAAUGUCUUAUUCAUUUUAAUGACAAAGUGCUUGGCCAAUGGGUGUAGUUUCUUUCAUUUUUAGUUGGAUUGAUAUCACGAAUAGGUCUGUCCAUGGAUAUAUAGAAUUGUUUAAAUAAGGUAGAUUAUCUCUGAAAAAAAAAAGAGUAAGGAAUAUUGGAGAAAUGGGGAACGAAGAAGGGUGGACAAAGGACGUAGGAGGUUCUCUUCCUGUUGAGAAUGUGCAGGCACUUGCUUCCAAGAAGCUCAAGGACAUACCACACAGAUACAUCCGGCCUGACCUGGAAUUUGACGAGGUUUCCAUGGAUGAAUCUCUCCAAAUUCCAGUGAUUGAUAUGAGCAAGUUGGUUCGAAAUCAAUCAGGCCAUGGUGAUGAACUGGGUGAGCUUCACAGGGCCUGCGAAAACUGGGGAUUUUUCCAGCUGAUAAAUCAUGGGGUUCCAGCAGAAGUGAUAGAGAAUAUGAAGAUGGAGAUAAAAGAGUUCUUUAAGCUGCCAUUGGAGGAGAAGAUGUCCUGUGCUCAGCUGCCAAAUGAUAUUCAAGGGUAUGGGCAAGCCUUUGUUGUUUCUGAAGAGCAAAAGCUUGAUUGGGGUGACAUGCUUUUCCUUCUUUCCAAGCCUGCCUCAAUAAGAAAUAUGCGAUUUUGGCCUACUACUCGCACUUCUUUUAGAGCAACCUUUGACAAGUAUUCAUCAGAGGUGCAAAGAGUUGCAGUAUGCUUGUUGCGGUUGAUGGGCAGGAAUUUGGGGAUAGACCCAGAGAAGCUUAGAAGCAUAUUUGAAGAUGGAACACAAGCGAUAAGAAUGAACUAUUAUCCACCUUGUGUAGAGGCAAACAAGGUCAUGGGCCUAAAUACUCACUCUGAUUCCACUGGAUUGACAUUGUUAAUUCAAGCAAAUGAAGUUCAAGGAUUACAAAUCAAGAAAAAUGGUAAAUGGGUACCCAUCACACCCAUCCCUGGUGCUUUUAUUGUCAAUAUUGGUGACAUCAUUGAGAUAAUGAGCAAUGGGAAAUAUAAGAGCAUAGAGCACAGAGCUGCUGUAAACCCAGAAAACGAAAGGCUUUCAAUUGCAGCAUUUCAUGGUCCAAAUUUGAAGAGCAUUAUAGCACCUCUGGAAGAUCUUGUUAAGGAAGAGACACCAAAUUACAAGUCCUUAACACAUGAAGAAUUUGUGAAGCUGGUUGUGAGCAGCAAACUUGAUGGUAAAAGCUUAGUGGGUCACAUGAAAUUGGUACACUGAAGAAAGCUUUUGCCCAGUUUGGUAGAAUAAUUUUGUUAAUUUGAUCUUUGAUCUAUUAACUUAAGCUUCUCUCCUUGAAGCCUUGUUUAAAUUUGUACUAUUUUACCAUUUUACCAAUAACAGAAAACAUAUAUAUCAUUAACCUUAUUAUUAUUAUUAUUAUUUUUAUUUCUCUUGA